AGUACCUUUCUUGGCCGGCUGAGACACUUUGUAGAGAUCAUCGACCCCAGCACACUCUUUGUAUCUGAGGUAAGGCAUCCAUCCAUCCACAUGCUGUUUUACUACUUCAGCUAUGUUUUUUGUAAGAUAUACAAAAAACGUGGCCUUCCACUGAAUUUCUGAUUGAAGAUGAGACUUGGGAACUGUGGCAACAGGAGAAUGCCGUCCACUUUAUACUGUAGAUCUGGAAUCCAAUCAGAUAGCACAGGGACGGACUUGGAACAGAAAUUGGUCCUGGAAUUUCUCACACACCAGACAAUUACCCCCCCCCCCCCCCCCCCCCCCCCCCCCUCAAAGCCCCUAUUAUUAUUAAUGAUAAUUAUUUGCAAAACAAACAAACAAUUUAGACAGGCCCACUGGGCUAAAGAUGGACCAGCCCAUCUGGCAUUUGCCAGAACUACCGUUACCCAGUCCUUCUCUAAGAUAACACAUUAAGAAGAAACCUAACUACCUACUGUUAAUUCUCUUGUUGACUCAAAUGACUCUUUUAUCUCUCCAGAGUCGAUUGACAGAAUGCGUCAAACUCCUGGAUGAUUUUCAACAUGGAACACUACCUCCUGGAGUUACAGAUCUACAGGUGAGGUUUUAAACAUGGAACAUACAGGUGAGGUUUUAAACAUGAAACACUACUACCUGGAGUUACAGAUCUACAGGUGAGGUUUUUGUUAUCAGAAAUUCCUUUGUCAGUGUUACAGAAUAUUUACAGUGCCUUCAGAAAGUAUUCACACGCCUUGAAUUUUUCCACAUUUUGUUGUGUUACAGCCUGAAUUUUGAAUGGAUUAAAUUGAGAUUUUUGGUCACUGGCCUACACACAAUACCCCAUGAUGUCAAAGUGGAUUUGUUUUUUGUUGUUGACAUUUUUACAAAUUCAUUAAAAUUGAGAAGCUGAAAUGUCUUGAGUCAAUAAGUAUUCAACCCCUUUGUUAUGACAAGCCUAAAUAAGUUCAGGAGUAAAAAUGUGCUUAAUAAGUCACAUAAUAAUUGCAUGGACUCACUCUGAGUGCAAUAAUAGUGUUUAACAUGAUUUUUGAAUGACUACCUCAUCUCUAUACCCCACACAUACAAUUAUCUGUAAGGUCCCUCAGUCGAGCAGUGAAUUUAAAACACAGAUUCAACCACAAAGACCAGGGACGUUUUCCAAUGCCUCGCAAAGAAGGGCACCUAUUGGUAGAUGGGUAAAAAAAAAGCAGACAAUGAAUAUCCCUUUGAGCAUGGUGAUGCUAUUAAUUACACUUUGGAUGUUGUAACAAUACAUCCAGUCACUACAAAGAUACAGGCGUCCUUCCUUACUCAGUUGCCGGAGAGGAAGGAAACCGCUCAGGGAUUUCACCAUGAGACCAAUGGUGACUUUAAAACAGUUACAGAGUUUAAUGGCUGUGAUAGGAGAAAACUGAGGAUGGAUCAACAACAUUUUAGGUCUCCACAAUACUAACCUAAUUGACAGAGUGAAAAGAAGGAUGCCUGUACAGAAUAAAAAUAUUCCAAAACAUGCAUCCUGUUUGCAACAAGGCAUUAAAGUAAUACUUUUUAAUCUUUUUUAUAUUUCAUAUUUAUUGAAUAUUUAAAACAUACAAUAUACUGGCAGUGAAGCCGCUCAACAACUACAUCACAUUAGUCAUCUAACAGACUCCCAUCCAGAGCGACCCACAGAAGCAACCAGGUUCAACGCCCUGCUCAAGGGCACGUCAACAGAUCUCCCACAAGGUCAAAAACGGGGACCCGAACCAGCGAUCCAUGAUCCCCCCCCCCCCCCCCCCCCCCCCCCCCACAGUUCCCCAAGAGCUGCCCCUCAACUAUCCGAGACCAUGCAUGUAUGGCACUAUUUACAUGUGUGUCCGUGUAUGUGCACGUGUGCAUUUGAAUGAGAGUGUGUGUAUAUGCAUGUGUACAAACACCUGCACGGCAUCAGCCUCAGGCAAACAGGCAUUAGCUGUAACAACACUGCCCCUCAGUGUCAUUCAAACAUACUUUUUGCUAUGUUUUAUUUUGACUUUAUUUUUUUAAACUUUUAUCUUUGACCGUCAUUCUAUCCCCCACCCAGCAACUCCACUCCCACUUGUCUCCAAUUCCACAUCCCAACCCUCAGCCUCCCUCAGCCCAUCCCACCUAUCUCUGCUGGCCACCCUCUUCGGAUUUCUACGUACCGUAUAUCUUUCAACUAUGGUGUGAUGUUUAACAUACAAUUUCAAUCUAUCUAAUCGAAUAGAAUCCACAGAUUGCGAGUUGAAGAUAAAUAAUUUUACUAAGAGUAUUAGUAUAUUAGUAAUUGACUGACCCAGUCUCUCCAGAUCUCCUAACAGUACUAUUUCUAGGGUCAAUUUUAGAUCAAUGUUAUGCAUUUUCAGCCAUUCCUGAACCAGAAACAGGCUACCUGAGGGCAAUACCAAAAUAAAUGGUAUAUUGAUUCUGUAUCCUCACAACAAAAUCUGCAGAGCUUCGAUGAUUGUAUGCCCCAAAUAUUCAACAUUUUGUUGGUGGCAAGAAUUCUAUAUAAUAAUUUUAGCUGAAAAGCACGAAGUCUUGAAUCUUGCGUCGUUUUAUAUAUCAACUCAUACAUCCUGUACCAUGGAAUCGGUACAUCAAAAAUCUCUUCCCAACUAUUUUGCAAUCUGUAUGACACAGCUGUCAACAUCCUUGUCCUCAAAUGAAACAGGUAUACUUUCCUAUUUAUGCUAUUUUUAUUCCUCCGCCAGUUUUGAUCCUUUAUAUUGGGCAGACAGACCAGUUCCCUACCUCCUCCCGCUGCCACCUGCCUCCUCCAUUUUUGGGGUAAUGCUGUAAUCAAUUGGUUGAAAUCUUGGAUUGAGCAGAUCUUCCCAUACAAUUCUCAUAACUCCAUGAAAGCCAUAACUCUACCAUUCAGAAAAGUUAUCUAGAUCUUCAAUGAGACAUUGCAGGGAUCUAGCUUGUGGACUUAAUAUAAAACUCAAGUCAUCGGCAUACAUUGACACCUUUGUUUUUAAGCCUUGGAUUUCUAAUCCUCUAAUGUUGUUAUUUGAUCUGAUUUUAAUAGCUAGCAUUUUGAUGGCCAUAACAUAUAGAUAUGGUGACAGUGGACACACUUGUUUAACUCCUCUUGACAAUUCAAAACUCUCUGAGAAGUAGCCGAUAUUUACUAUUUUACACCUGGGGGUUGCUAUACAUUACCUUUACCCAUUUUAUAAGAGAAUCCCCAAAAUUUAAAAAAUCCAGGCAUUUAUAAAUAAAAUCCUGUCUUACUUUAUGAAAUGCCUUUUCAAAAUCCGCUAUAAAUACCAGGCCUGGCUUCUUAGAUAUUUUUAGUAGUUGUCGUAUAUUAUCUCCAAUGUAUCGUCCAUGUAAAAAACCUGUCUGAUCAGGAUGAACAAUACCUGGUAAAACCUUUUUAAUUCUGAGUGCUAUGCAUUUCGCUAGUAUUUUUGCAUCACAACAUUGAAGUGUAAGAGGCCUCCAGUUUUUAAGACAGACUGGAUCUUUAUAUUUGCCAUCUGGGACUUGUUUUAAUAAUAGUGAAAUCAGACCUUCCUGCUGAGUACCUGUCAGACUAUCAUUUCUAUGGUAGUUAAAACAAUCUAACAAUGGAGAUUUGAGUAUAUCAAAAAAGGCUUGAUAUACCUCUACUGGUAUGCCAUCAAGCCCUGGGGUUUUUCCACACUGAAAGGACUGAAUAGCCUCAAAAAGUUAUUCCUCUGUAAUUUGGCCUUCGCACUGAUCUUUCUGUACAUUGGUUAAUUUUCAAUUUUUUUAUUAUUUGGAAAGAAUUCCUUACAGUAAUCGUAAUUCAGUGGGUGAGAAUGAGACGGAAAAGAUAACAUCUGCUUAAAAUAUUUAGCUUCCUCUUUUAAAAUACCAUUCGGAGAAUCAUAGAUUAAUCCGUCUUCAGUAACGAGUUUCGGUAAAUACUUUUUAUUAGCGUUCCUGUGUUGGAGAUUCAGGAAGAAUUUGGUGCAUUUUUCUCCAUAUUCCAUCCAGUUUGCUUUGUUUUUGUAAUAGAUUUCAUUUGAUCGUUCUUGAAUAAGUUGCUCCAGUUCUUUUUGUUUUUCCUCUAACUUAUCUCUGUAGUAUUGUUUUUAUUGCUAUCUACCUGUACUAGUACUUCAUCUAUUUCCCUUGUUAGUCUUGUCUCUUUAGCCAGAAACUGCUUUUUUAUUAUUGAUGAAUAUUGAAUUGAAUGACCUCUGAAGGUACAUUUUAAAGGUAUCCCAAACAAUAAGGGGAUUUGCUGAACCUAUAUUGUACUGGAAAAAUUCAGUUAUAAAUUAUUUUGUCUUAGUUAAAAAAUAUAUUGUCCUCCAGUAAACUUUCCAAUAUCCCCUUCCAAAUGGAAAUUCUAUAAGAAUUAUGUGAAGGCCAAUUAGAUGAUGAUCCGAUCGCAUUCUGUCUCCUAUUAAAACGUUUUUAACCUUUGAUGCAAGAGAGACUAAAGUAAAACUGCAAAAAAUGUGGCAAAGCAACAGUAGCGGUGCGUGGGUAAAAUCACAGGGGAAGCCAAUCCAGAAAAAACAAACAUAUUACAACCUGUGUUGUGAUAAUUGCGUUGUUUGCUCUAUAAUUAGUUAAUAUGCCUUGACGCCAUUAUAUAUACUGUAGGCCUAAAGCCAAGAAAAUAAAAAGACACAGUACAACACCGGAGAGCAACAUCUGUCCGGUGAAGUUCACAAAACAUGUUGCAUGUAACAAACAGUUACAUGACCUACAGCACUGUCAAGCAAGGUAAUGUUUCCCACAUUUUCGGACUACUAAACAACUAUUGAUUUGGAACCACCGAGAGUUACUGCAAGUUGCAAAGAAAACAGGAGCUGCCUCCACUAUUCCAGCACCAUUUCAACUUGAACAUUUCAACAUCAUCUAAUCACAUAUGCUUAGUCUAAUACAGUGACAACUAAAAGAUACCCAAAACGAUUUAGUCCAAUCAACUUAAGAUAAAUAUGAUGUGGCUGUCCAUGGCACUGAUUUGUGUGUGUGUGUGUGUGUGUGUGUGUGUGUGUGUGUGGUGUGUGUGUGCGUGCUUGCAAGUAGAAAAAACAUGUUGACUCACCCUACUUGUAUAGAAACGCCAAGGCCAUCCUCCUCUUUCAAAUGGUCUAUGACUCUGUCAUACAGUACACACUUUUUGUUUUUGUUGUCCUAGGCUACCUGGCUAAAAUAGUUGAUCGCUAGCCUAACUUCCUUUAAUGGGCAACGAUACGCAGGCCAGCUAGUUAACAUUAGCAUACAAAUCUAGCUACAUGUUGAACUUCCAUUCUCUCAGGCCAGGGGCACAAUGUAUGCAUUUAUGGUUGGAUCAGAAUCGCCGUUAUAAUCAUUGGCCAGUACAGAGAAUUAAGUAAAACCACAAGUCCAAAUCCCUAUCUCCAUCCAUGGCUAAUUUAGGAAAGGGACGAUUUUAGCUAGCUUACAUUACAUUACAUUACAGUCAUUUAGCAGACGCUCUUAUCCAGAGCGAUUUACAGGAGCAAUUAAGGUUAAGUGCCUUGCUCAAGGGCACAUCGACAGAUUCUUCACCUAGUCAGCUCGGGGAUUAGAACCAGCGACUUUUCGGUUACUGGCACAACGCUCUUAACCACUAAGCUAGCCACUGGAGGACUACAACACAACGAGACGCAACAAUUAUGUCACGCCCUGGCUCUGGGGACACUGUUAUGUUGAGUCAGGGUGUGUAAUUCUAUGUUUGUAUUUCUAUGUUGGCCUGAGUGACUCCCAAUCAGAGGCAACGAGUGUCAGCUGGUUGUCUCUGAUUGGGAGCCAUAUUUAACUGUCUGUCUUUCACUUUGUGUUUGUGGUUUCUUGUUCCGUGUUGGUUGGUGUAUGUAAGCAGGGACGUCACGGUUUCGUUUUGUUGUUUUGAUCGUGUCAUCAUUUAUUAAAUAAAGAAGAUGUUUGCCUUCAACGCUGCGCCUUGGUCCUCCUCCUUAGACGAGCGUGACAGAAGAAACCACCAAAACUGGACCAAGCAGCGUGUCCAGGAGCCAUCGCCUGGGGAAUCGCUUGCAGAUCUCCGUGGCAACCUCGACUGGGUCCAGCCUUGUAAAGAGCAGAGUGGAUGGACUUGGGAACAGUGGAGGAAGAGUUUCGACUGGGUCAAGCCUAAUGAAGAGCAGAAUGGCUGGAAUUGGGGGCAGAAGAGCGAGAGUUGGGCGAGAACGAUAGAGGCCUGGCCCACGGGGAGGAGAGACCCCCAGAAAAUUUUUAGGGGGGGGCUCACGACGUCGGGGCAGCAGGAGGCCGCGGUAGAGCGGUCCAGCGGGUUGGCAGAGGAGGCCGCCAGGUUACGGGGGCCACUGGUAGAAGAGGGGAUGGAAGGUGUAGAGGCACGGCGAGAGGUACUGGGGUGUGUUACCAGUCCGGUCCGGCCCGUUCCAGAUCCCGAUGUAGGGCCAGUGGUGUGUGUCCCCAGUACGGUCCGGUCUGUUCCUGCUCCCCGCACCAAGUCAGUGGUGCGCUUCGUCAGCCCGGCUCGGCCUGUUCCUGCUCCCCGCACCAAGUCAGUGGUGCGCUUCGUCAGCCCGGCUCGGCCCGUUCCUGCUCCCCGCACCAAGUCAGUGGUGCGCUUCGUCAGCCCGGCUCGGCCCAUUCCUGCUCCCCACAACAAGCCAGUGGUGUGCGUCGUCAGUCCAGCACGGCCCGUGCCUGUUCCCCACACCAAGCCAGUGGUGUGCGUCGUCGGUCCGGCACGGCCCGUGCCUGUUCCACUGGUGCCUGGUCCGGCACCGGUCAGAUGCGUUACGCCGGAGCUAGAGCAAUCCGCUCCAUCAGUGUGCAGUCCAGCUCCGGCCAGCGGGGCCAGACCGGACCAGGGGUACUUUGGGGGGUUGGAGAGGGAGUGGGGAUCAGGCCCGGAGCCGGAUCCGCCGCCUAGGUGGAGUGCCCACCCGGUCCCUCCCCUGUGGUAUUUAGUUGGCGCGGUCGGAGUCCGCGCCUUUAGGGGGGGGGGUACUGUCACGCCCUGGCUCUGGGGACACUGUUAUGUUGAGCCAGGGUGUGUAAUUCUAUGUUUGUAUUUCUAUGUUGGCCUGAGUGACUCCCAAUCAGAGGCAACGAGUGUCAGCUGGUUGUCUCUGAUUGGGAGCCAUAUUUAACUGUCUGUCUUUCACUUUGUGUUUGUGGUUUCUUGUUCCGUGUUGGUUGGUGUAUGUAACCAGGGACGUCACGGUUUCGUUUUGUUGUUUUGAUCGUGUCAUCAUUUAUUAAAUAAAGAAGAUGUUUGCCUUCAACGCUGCGCCUUGGUCCUCCUCCUUAGACGAGCGUGACAAAUUAUUUAUUUUUUCUGUCAAUAAUGACGUUUGGCUUGUGAUGUGAUUGGUCUGAAGCCAAAUCCAAACUGUCUUUCCUUGACUUUUUUUUUGGUGCGCCAGGUCCAUUCACAGCUGAGCUCAAUCAGUUAAUUUUUUUAAUUUAUUUUGUAUUAUCAAGGUAGGCCAAAUGCUCGCUGACCUCCCUUGCAUUCAAUGCUACGUGGGCAACAAUGUCAUACUUUUCUGACCAGACAGCUUCAGAUAGAUACUCUUGUGAAUUGAAGGAAAUGUAUGGAACACAGAGAGUCGAAUGAAACAUUAUUUUGUAUGUUUUAUCUUUUUUUCUUGGUACGUUUUUUGGGGAAGCCUGGCUUCCCUUGGCAUCCAUGAAUACACGCCACUGCAAAGCAAUUCACUUUUUGUCCAUAGUACAAAACUAAUUCUGAUUGGCUGGGCCUGACUCCCCAGUGGUUGGGCCUGGCUGCCAAGUGGGUGGGCCUAUGCCCUCCCAGGCCCACCCAUGGCUGCACACCUGCCCAGUCAUGUGAAAUCCAUAGAUUAGGGCCCAAUGAAUGUAUUUUAUGAUGGAAAUGUUUAUGUUUGUGCUUUUCUAAUAACCAAUUUCAGUGUUCUAUGUUUGUGCUUUUCUAAUAACCAAUUGCUGUGUUCAUGCAAGUGACUGAUUGAACGAAUCCUCACUAUCAGUAUCUGCAAUUUGGCAGAACGCCCAGACCCUUGUUUCUGUCACAUGCAUGACCCAGUAUUGGUCGGUCACAUGAAUGAAGCAAACGUUAAUGAUGAAUUAUUUAUGAAAGAUGAAUAAGCUAAAUCAUGCAAAUAUAACAUGUCUGUAUAUAAGAGAUCUAACGGGACUGCCCCGGAGGUGCUCCUGAUCGACAUGUGUACUUGGUGCAUUGAGUUGGUUGGAACCUCUCCAGUGCGCUGAUAAUAAACAAUGAUUCAUUUAAGAUUGACUUCGAGUGUCCCACGUGUAGAAUUUCCAUGACAAUUUCAAUUGACUGAUUUCCUUAUAUGAACUGUAACUCAGUAAAAUCUUUGAAAGUUUUGCAUGUUGCGUUUUAUAUUUUUGUUCAGUAUACUUGAACAUCUAUGGCAAGACCUGAAAAUGGUUGUCUAGCAAUGAUCAACAACCAAUUUGACAGAGCUUGAUUCAUUUUGUAACAUGACUCAGGAUAUGACCCAGAUGCAGACACAGGAGACAGAAGGUUCAAUAUACAGAGUAGUUUAUUAAAACCACAGGAGGCAGGCAAAGGGCAGGUCGAGGACAGGCAGAGGUUUGUAACCAGGUCCGAGUCUGAUAGGUACAGGGUGGCAGGCAGGCUCAGGGUCAGGACAGGCAGAGGUUUGUAAAUCAGGUCAGAGUCAGAUAGGUACGGGAUGGCAGGCAGGCUCAGGGUCAGGGUCAGGCAGAAUAGGUCGGAACCGGGAGAACUAGAAACCGGGACUAGAGAGAACAGGAGUACGGUAUAAAAAUCACGCUGGUAGGCUUGACGAGACAAGACGAACUGGCAACAGACAAACAGAAAACACAGGUAUAAAUGCACAGGGGAAAAUGUGCGACACCUGGAGGGGGGUGGAAACAAGCACAAGACAGGUGAAACAGAUCAGGGUGUGACAUUUUGAAAAUAAUAAUGGGCAAAUGUUGCACAAUUCAGGUGUGCAAAGCUCUUAGAGACUUACCCAGAAAGACUCACAGAUGUAAUCGCUGCCAAAGGUGCUUCUACAAAGUAUUGACUCAGCGGUGUGAAUACUUAUGUAAAUUAGAUAUUUAUGUAUUUCAUUUUCAAUAAAUUAGCAACAUUUUCUAAAAACAUUUUGUUCACUUUCAUUAUGGGGGUAUUGUGUGUAGAUGGAUGAGAUAAUCCAUUUUGAAUUCAGACUAACACAACAAAAUGUGGAGUAAGUUAAGGGGUAUGAAUACUUUCUGAAGGCACUGUACUAUUCCAAAUAGCUUUUUGUUUUCAAGCAUAUUGUUUGUGACGCUUGCAAUAUGUGGUUGUAGCACACUCCGUACAUUCAGCAACCCAACAUUUUCCCUCACUGCUCUGAAAUGACACAGCUGUUGUUUUUGACUCUCUAGCUAUGGGAAGCCCAAAAGGUCAAGCAGGUACGUUUUGGCGCACGUCUGCUUCGUAUAAAGCAGUUUGACCCCAUUUUAACCCCAUGUAUUUAUUGCCAUACAGUAUAUUCCCCCUCUCCUCUUGGCAGCAUGAUGAUGAUGUUACACUCUAUAUCUCAUAUCUGAAUGCAGGCCAUCAUUCAUCCUGACACAGGAGAGAAGAUCUUCAUGCCUUUCCGAAUGUCAGGUAUGACUUCCGAAUGAAGCUCUUCGACAGAGUGACUUUUAUUUUGCUACUGGUCAUUUUUACACUGAUUAUAUUAUUUUGCAUCUACACAGGUUAUGUCCCAUUUGGAACACCAAUUGUAAGUCUUAUGUGAAAUUAUUACUGUAUUUCAUAUGUAUCUAUGGAAAGAAUAUUCAACUUGAGCCAUUUUUUAAAUUAUUUUAAUUAUACAUGGUCUUUACUGACUUCUUGGGGUAGAUGGAAGUGUAACUCUGGUCCAGGGUGUUAGUAUGCUUUCCUCCACUUAUUAGAGGAAUGUGCACUAACAACCUGGACCAGAGCUAAUGGAAGCCGUCAUUCUGGAUCUGAUAGAGACCAUGUAAGAGCAUAGUUGAGCUAUUGUCUCCUUAUCUGGUGUCAUCUAGGUUGUGGGCCUUCUUCUUCCAAAUCAGACUGUGGUAUCCACUAUUUUCUGGCAGGUAAAAAGACAUGCCAAGAUAGAGUUGAAGUUGGAAGUUUACAUACACCUUAGCCAAAUACAUUUAAACUCUGUUUUUCACAAUUCCUGACAUUUAAUCCUAGUAAAAAUGUCUUAGGUCAGUUAGGAUCACGACUUUAUUUUAAGAAUGUGAAAUGUCAGAAUAAUAUUAGAGAGAAUGAUUUAUUUCAGCUUUUAUUUAUUUCAUCACAUUCCCAGUGGGUCUACAUACACUCAAUUAGUAUUUGGUAGCAUUGCCUUUAAACUGUUUAACUUGGGUCAAACGUUUCCGAUAGCCUUCCACAAUCUUCCCACAAUAAGCUGGGUGAAUUGUGGCCCAUUCCUCCUGACAGAGCUGGUGUAACUGAGUCAGGUUUGUAGGCCUCCUUGCUAGCACAUGCUUUUUCAGUUCUUCCCACAAAUGUUCUAUAGGAUUGAGGUCAGGGCUUUGUGAUGGCCACUCCAAUACCUUGACUUUGUUGUCCUUAAGCCAUUUUGCCACAAAUUUGGAAGUAUGCUUGGGGUCAUUGUCCAUUUGGAAGAACCAUUUGCGACCAAGCUUUAACUUCCUGACUGAUGUCUUGAGAUGUUGCUUCAAUAUAUUCACAUAAUUUUCCUUCCUUAUGAUGCCAUCUAUUUUGUGAAGUGCACCAGGCCCUCCUGCAGCAAAGCACCCCCACAGCAUGAUGCUGCCACCACUGUGCUUCACGGUUGGGAUGGUGUUCUUCGGCUUGCAAGCAACCCCCUUUUUCCUCCAAACAUAACGAUGGUCAUUAUGGCCAAACAGUUAUAUAUUUGUUUCAUCAGACCAGAGGACAUUUCUCCAAAAACUAAGAUCUUUAUCCCCAUGUGCAGUUGAAAACCGUUGUAUGGCUUUUUAUGGCGGUUUUGGAGCAGUGCUGAGCGCUCCUUGCUGAGCGGCCUUUCAGGUUAUGUCGAUAUAGGACUCGUUUUUCUGUGGAUAUAGAUACCUUUUUACCUGUUUCCUCCAGCAUCUUCACAAGGUCCUUUGCUGUUGUUCUGGGAUUGAUUUGCACUUUUCGCACCAAUGUACGUUCAUCUCUAGGAGACAUAACGUGUCUCCUUCCUGAGCAGUAUGACGGCUGCUUGGUCCCAUGGUGUUUAUACUUGUGUACUAUUGUUUGUACAGAUGAAUGUGGUACGUUCAGGCGUUUGGAAAUUGCUCCCAAGGAUGAACCAGACUUGUGGAGGUCUACAAUCUUUUUUCUGAGGUCUUGGCUGAUUUAUUUUGAUUUUCCCAUGAUGUCAAGCAAAAAGGCACUGAGUUUGAAGGUAGGCCUUGAAAUACAUUCACAGGUACACCUUGGUGUCCACAUCACCAACAAACUAUCAUGGUCCAAACACACCAAGACAGUCGUGAAGAGGGCACAACAAAGCCUAUUCCCCCUCAGGAGACUGAAAAGAUUUGGCAUGGGUCCUCAGAUUCUCAAAAAGUUCUACAGCUGCACCAUCGAGAGCAUCCUGACUGGUUGCAUCACCGCCUGGUAUGGCAACUGCUCGGCCUCCGACCGCAAGACACUACAGAGGGUAGUGCGUACGGCCCAGUACAUCACUGGGGCCAAGCUUCCUGCCAUCCAGGACCUCUAUACCAGGGGGUGUCAGAGGAAGGCCCUCAAAAUUGUCAAAGACUCCAGCCACCCUAGUCAUAGACUGUUCUCUCUGCUACCGCACGGCAAGCGGUACCGGAGCGCCAAGUCUAGGUCCAAAAGGCUUCUCAACAGCUUCUACCCCCAAGCCAUAAGACUCAUGAACAGCUAAUCAUGGCUACUGGGACUAUUUGCACUGUACCCCCACCCCCACCCCAUCUUUUUACGCUGCUGCUACUCUGUUAAUGAUUUAUGCAUAGUCACUUUAACUCUACCCACAUGUACAUAUUACCUCAACUACCUCAACUAGCCGGUGCCCCCGCACAUUGACUCUGCACCGGUAUCCCCCCUGUAUAUAGCCUCCCUACUGUUAUUUUAUUUUACUUCUGCUCUUUUUUUCUCAACACUUUUUUGUUUUGUUUUAUUUUACUUUUUUAUUAAAAGAUAAAUACAUUGUUGGUUAUGAGCUGUAAGUACGUUUUUCACGGUACUGUGUACACCUGUUGUAUUCGGCGCAUGUGGCAAAUAAAUUUGAUUUGAUUUGAAUUGACUCAAAUUAUGUCAAUUAGCCUAUCAGAAGCUUGUAAAGCCAUUACAUCAUUUUCUGGAAUUUUCCAAGCUGUUUAAAGGCACAGUCAACUUAGUGUAUGUAAACUUCUGACCCACUGGAAUUGUGAUACAGUGAAUUCUAAGUGAAAUAAUCUGUCUGUAAACAAUUUGUUGGAAAACUUACUUGUGUCAUGCACAAAGUAGAUGUCCUAACCGACUUGCCAAAACCAUAGUUUGUUAACAAGACAUUUGUGGAGUGAUUGAAAAACAAGUUUUAAUGACUCCAACCUAAGUGUAUGUAAACUUCUGACUUCAACUGUACCUUUUCAACAAUAACCUUUUACCAUGUUGUUAAUAUCCACAUUGGAUACGCUCUUCUUCCUAGUUGGGUUAACUGAUGUAAUUGAAUUUCACAGAAUGUUUUUUUUCCUUUCAGUGGCUGAACCAGAGUCACAAUGCCUGUGUCAACUACUCAAACCGCAAUGCUACUAAGGUAGUGUAUGACGUUACUUAGGUAGUGUAUGAUGUUACUUAGGUAGUGUAUGAUGUUACUAAGUUAGUGUAUAAUGUUACUAAGGUAGUGUAUGAUGUUACUAUGGUAGGGUAUGAUGUUACUAUGGUAGGGUAUGAUGCUACUAAGGUAGUGUAUGAUGUUACUACUAAGGUAGUGUAUGAUGUUACUACUAAGGUAGUGUAUGAUGUUACUAAGUUAGUGUAUAAUGUUACUAAGGUAGUGUAUGAUGUUACUAUGGUAGGGUAUGAUGCUACUAAGGUAGUGUAUGAUGUUACUACUAAGGUAGUGUAUGAUGUUACUACUAAGGUAGUGUAUGAUGUUACUAAGGUAGUGUAUGAUGUUACUAAGGUAGUGUAUGAUGUUACUAAGGUAGUGUAUGAUGUUACUAAGGUAAUGUAUGAUGUUACUAAGGUAGUGUAUGAGAGGAUAAUGGAUAUUGUUUACGACUUGAUUCCCAGAAAAAUUAUUAAAUUACAGUUCUGUGUAAGUGUUUUUGGUCCACAGACUGUGCUGCUCCAUAGCAACUAGCACUGCACCUCCUCCAUCUGGUACUGUAGAUUUCCUUCAAUAUGUGGUUAUCAAUAAAACGUCCCAAUACGUUUUGAUUUGGCUGCUGGGGGGCAAGGAGAACCCCAGCUCAGCUAAAACCAUUGACAAUUACGUUCCGUUUUUUGUUAAAUAUAUGUUAACUAUUUGGUUGUAAUAUCAUCACCACUUGAAGAGCAUAGUCAGAACUACACAUUUCUGAUUAUUCCAUGCAAAACAAUUGCGCACAUUUAGCUCUAUCAUCAGAGUUAUACAGCAAGUAACUGCUCUCCAGGAGGCAAAUGGAACGCUCUGCACCUUAUAUUGUGACAUUUUAUUGAUAAUUACCUAUUUAGCCCAUGGGUCAUGUUCAUUUGGCCCAAAGAGAAGAACAUUGACUGAAACAGGGAGGGAUUACCUGGACUUGCAAUAAGAAAUGUUUUGCUAUGGUUUGCCCUAAUUAACACAACCCAGAUGUAAAAAAAAAAAACUAUUUUGACAUGAUGUCAAAGUGUCCAUUUUCUAUUUAGAGUUUUGGUAUUCCAGAUAAUGAUUUUAGCCAGCGUUAGUCUUAUGUGAGAGGCUGUGAAAUACUAAGUCAUUCAUGUUGUUGUUCAUAUUAGCCUACACCGACAUCCAAGUUUCUUCAAGGUUACUUCGGAGCUGUGACCAGUGCUGUCUCCCUUGCGGUCAGUUGUUGAUGAUUAUACAUUUUAUGAUAAUUAAUAUUCAGUCUAAGAGCAGGGAUUCUGUCCUGCCUAUUUGUACUAUAUGUAAUAACAUAGGUGUUACAUGGUUAAAUGGGUUUAAGUUUAAAAGUUUAUUUGCCAUGUGCACAGGAUAUGACAGGUGUAAAACAGUACAAAUUUAGUUGAGGGUUUAUCCUAAAGUUUGUGCUGUGUUUAGGUGGGACUGAAUGUACUGAUUCAGAGAGCCAACAGGUUGAGUCCAGCAACCCAAAUGAUCAUACAGAGACUCAUCCCUUUCCCAGCUGUG